GGUAUUGUUGAGCGCCGGAUUCGGGUCCUUGGCCAUUCUCAUGGAACUGAUUGGGGUGGAUGAACCUUCUCGCUCUUUUCUAGUCCUGACGCGAUACGUGACCACGUCUAGCCUUUUGAUGGGUCAGAUCCUGGGUGCCAUUGAGCUCAUGGACAUGUCUUUCCUGGCACUUGAUAGUGUGGAUGAGAAUUUGGUCAAUGAAGAGAUGACCCAGAUUGGAGCCGAGCUCUCAUCUUGGCCACGGCAAGUGUCUGAAUGGUGCUGCAGAGCCCCGUGUCCAAGUGCACAAGCUGCUGACCGGCUGUUGGCAGGGAUAGUUUCCACCUUGGUUCAGGCGCAUGAGUCCAUCCCAGAUGCAUGCCUAUCUGAGCUUGUGCGCGCUGCAGCAUCCAUCCGAGGCAUGGUCCAAGAAUUGCAGACGGAGCUCAGUUCCAGAGUUUCUGGUGGUCGUGAGCUCAUCACCGCAUCAGCAGGCUCACACGACUUUCAAGAUUUUCAAGACGCUGGCGCGAUCAUAGUCCCGGAAACUGCGGACAUGUGGAUUUGGGGUGAGUGAGAUUUGACAGUGAUUUCACAGACGUACGUUUUUG